AUGGAGGAGUUUGUUGUCAGUGUAAAAAACUUGUCAGAGAAACUUCUCCACAGACAGAACAAUUCAAAUGUGGAUGAGGUGAUUGAGACUCUCUUCAAAGCGAUUUCAUCUCUGGAGAGAUCUGCAACAAUACAGGAUUCACAGGUGGAGGAAAAUGCCAUUCAGUUGUGGAACUGGGCUGUGACCAAACGUGUUGGCUCAACCAUCACAGAGGAACAGAAGGCCAAAGUGCGUCAUGUGGCAUGCAUACUUUUGUAUUUUUGUGGGCCUGAGAACCCAUCAGAGAAUGUUGUUCGCAAGCAGAUCCUGAUGGCCAGUAAAACAGGGAGAACAUGGCUUGAUUGUAAACAACCCAAACUAGCUGAUGAUUUUUUAAGGCUAGCUGUCAAUAGCCUGGAGACUCUUUACAGCCGACUAACAUCCCAUGGAGAUUGUGCAGAAGAUAUAAACUCACCAAAGGGAGACAUAGAGAAAGACUUGCUUCGGGUUUUGUCUUAUCAAGCUGAAUCAGCAUUUUCUCAAGAGCAUCAUCAAGAGGCAGUGUCUUACAUUCACAGAUGUAAAGAAAUGCUUCUGCGUCUCCCUAAAGAGACUGGCUAUGUUGCUCUCAUCUGUUACAACUUUGGGGUUGACACUUUCAGUCAGGGAAAGCAUGAAGAGAGCUCAUUUUGGCUCAGCCAAAGUUAUGAUGUAGGCAGGAUGAACAUGAAGUACUCACCAGGACCAGAGAUGCAAGCCAAAAUCUUGAGACUUCUUGCCACAGUUUACUUGGAAUGGGACUGUCAGAAGUAUCAGGAGAAAGCUCUUCAUGCUGUUAGCCUAGCUAACCAGGAGAAUAUGCAGUUGUCAGGCCUCUUCUUGAAGAUUCGUAUCCUAGUGAGGAGUGGUAGCCCAGAUGAUGCAGUAAAAUCUGGGCUCUCAGAGCUUCUGGACUCUGAGGUUCCACUGGAAGUGUAUUUGAGCGUAGUAAAACUGCUCGUGGCAAAAGACAGGGAGGCGCUGGCCUUUGACUUCCUAAAGAGGGUGUGUCAGCAGUUUGAAUCAUCUCCUGAGCUGGGCUCUGCUCUGCUGCUGCAUAUAGAGCUGCUGCUGCAGAGGGACAGAGAGCUGCUGGCCAAGCAGAAGAUCGAGGAUGCAAUCACAGGACAUUACACUGGAAAACAACUAUCACCACAGACUCUAUCGUCUCUUCACCUUCUUCUUUGGGAAAGAGCUUCCAAAUACUUUGAAGCUAAGAAGUACUCUGAAGCUCUGCAGUGGUAUAACUUCUCUCUGAGUUUCUACAAAGCAGGACAGUUGGAUCAGAACUUAGCUAAACUGCAAAGAAAUCGUUCCUCCUGUUUCCUGCACCUGCAACAACUUGAGAAGGCCAAAGAGGCAGUAGAAGAGGCAGCACGGAUUGAUUCAUCCAGCAUUUUCACACAGUUCAACAUCUACAAGAUCGCUGUAUUAGAAAACAAUGCAGAAAGAGCUGCGGUGGCUUUGAGAGAGAUUAGUGCACUGGCUCAGACUCAAGUAAACAAUGAGGACCGAGUGCUAGUGACUGAGAAUGCUACAACAAACCUUCUAAGCCUGGCAGCUCAGAUCGCCCUGGAGCAUGAACUGCAGGAAAUAGCCAUCAAAGCCCUUGAGAGUCUGUGUGAACAUUCACAAGAUGUUGUUCAAAUCCUCACUGCCUUGAGGUGUUUAGUACGACUUGUUCAUUUGACAAUGGAAAACUUGAGUGAGGAAAACAGGAAUGCCACCUUAGAUAUCAUCUUGUCGUACCUAAAGACAGCUCUGCAGAGAGUGUCACAGAUGAACUAUAUUCCUGGCCAGGACGUAGAUGAGCGUUCAGAAAAUGCCAACUGGUUCAGGAGAAUCGCAUGGAACUUAGCCCUGCAGUGUGAGCACAGUCUUUUUAGGAUGAGAGAUUUCUUUCUCCUCUCCUUUCAGCUGUCGCAGCUGUGUGCUCCAGACAGAGCUGUGUUGGUGGGGCAGAAGACGUGUCUAAUCAUGGCUGCUGCUGCUGCGCUGGAGAUCUGCAGGAGCUCUGAUCACAUUGAGCAACAGACAGAGCUGCUGACCCAGACACUAGAGCACAUACAACUCUGUAAAGAAGUGUGGAGGACCAUCAAAGCAUCAGGCACUUCCUCCAAAGACCCGACAGACACGUUAUUGCUGCUCUAUGAGUUUGAAGCACGGGCCAAAUUAAAUGAUCCCAAGCUUGAAUCUGUGCUUGAGUCAGUUUUGGAGCUGGAUAACAUUGAAACGAAGGUGUUGGAAACAAUUGCAGUCCUGGCAAUGGAACCGCCAGCUCAUUUCCCUCUGCUGUGUAAGAAAGCAUUGAGGAUUGCCCUGUCUUUGCACAGGGAAAACCCACAGGCCAAUCUCACACGCUGCAGUAACUGUUUACACAGCCUUAUUCAGCUGUCCCUGCCGAAUGGUGUGUCUGAAGUGGAGCCCCGUGUGUUGGAGGAAGUGUGGAGCUACUACGAGGAAGCUCUUUCCAUCUUAGCAACCGCACCUGAGGACUUUCCAGAGCUGGAGAUCCUGUGGCUUCUGACCCGAGCGUGGAACACAGGAAUCCUUCUCUACAGUCUGGCCCAGUACCCAGAGGCUGAGAGGUGGUGUGGGUUGGGAAUGAGCUUCCUGCGGCACCUGGGCUCCCUGCAGGACAGCUAUCAGACUCAGAUGGCGGGUCUGUACAGUGAGGUGUUGGACAGGCUGGAUAAAGCAAAGAAAAACCUCAUCAUUGAGGAAUAAUGCCAGCAUUAGUCGUAGAUUGAGAUCUUAGGUCUUAUAAAGCAGUGUGAAUUUCUGUUCAUGUUUAUAACAAACGUGUCUGACAUACAUCCAAGGUUUUGUUCUUGAGCCUAUUCAUUAUUAUAUCAACUGCUUCAACUGUUCAUAGUUAUGAAAUGUUUCAAAAUAGAAUUUCUAGUAAUUUAUGAUCAAAACAUACAUUAGAAUGUAGUAUUAAUAAUUGUUUUUUUAAAUGGCAGUAUAAUUGUAUUACCUGUCAUCCAGUUAACUUUGAGUUGUCCCCUGUUAGUUGGAGUCAUUACAUCGAUACUGUGAUAGAAAACAAGCAAAAAUGCAGGCAUUGAAAUUGUAACAGAGUCACAUAGUUUAUUUCCAAACAAAUAAACUCUUGUCCAGUCCAAAAAAAGAAGAAAAAAAAGAAAAGAAAAAAGAAAAAAAACAUAAAAACAAUAAAAAAAAAAAAAGAAAAGAAAAAAAAACUGUAGGACUGUGUUCCCUCCUGACCAGGAUAUAAAAGACUGGUUUUCCUUGUGUCCUGAUUGUACCACCUGUAAUUAUGGGGAGGAUACUACUGUACAAUCAAAAGGUUCAUAUUUGCAAGCACUUACUACACAGGUAUGCUGUCACAUCAAAAACUCAUUAUCACUCAAAAAGACAAACCGAGACCCUCAUUGAUGCACACGGAACCGAUUCAAUCAAUUUCAUUAGAAAUAUAGCACAAUUAAAAAUCUUUGGGUUUUACCGACAUGGCUGACUGGCAUCAAUGGCGUGAACAGUCAGCUGCUUUUCUACUUGUCACUUUAGAUGACCAGUUCUAAACUAAAUUAGUAAUUUAUGCUCCUGGUUUACUUUAAUAUCACUCUACGGGUUACUGUCUGCAUGUCCUAUAUAUAUAUAUAUAUAUAUAUAUAUAUAUAUAUAUAUAUAUAUAUAUAUAUAUAUAUAUAUAUACACACAUUUGAAGUCAGAAGUUUACAUACACCUUAACAAAAUACAUUUAAACUCAGUUUUUCAUAUUUCCUGACAUUUAAUCGUAGAAAACAUUCCGUGUCUUAGGUCAAUUAGGAUCACUACUUUAUUUUAAGAAUGUGAAAUGUCAGAAUAAUAGUAGAGAGAAUGAUUUCUUUCAGCUUUUAUUUAUUUCAUCACAUUCACUGUGGGUCAGAAAUUUACAUACACUUUGUUAGUAUUUGGUAGCAUUGCCUUUAAAUUGUUUAACUUGGGUCAAAUGUUUUGUGUAGCCUUCCACAAGCAUCUCACAAUAAGUCGCUGGAAUUUUUCCUCUAGACAGAACUGGUGUAACUGUCAGGUUUGUAGGCCUCCUUGCUCGCACAUGCUUUUUUAGUUCUGCCCAGAAAUUUUCUAUCGGAUUGAGGUAAGGGCUUUGUGAUGGCCAUUCCAAUACCUUGACUUUGUUGUCCUUAAGCCAUUUUGCCACAACUUUGGAGGUAUACAUGGGGUCAUUGUCCAUUUGGAAGACCCAUUUGCAACCGAGCUUUAACUUCCUGGCUGAUGUCUUGAGAUGUUUCUUCAAUAUAUCCACAUAAUUUUCCUUCCUCGUGAUGCCAUCUAUUUUGUGAAGUGCACCAGUCCCUCCUGCACCCCCACAACAUGAUGCUGCCACCCCCAUGCUUCACGGUUGGGAUGGUGUUCUUCGGCUUGCAAGCAUCACCGUUUCUUUCUCCAAACAUAAUGAUGGUCAUUAUGGCCAAACAGUUACAUUUUUGUUUCAUCAGACCAGAGGACAUUUCUCCAAAAAGUAAGAUCUUUGUCCCCAUGUGCAGUUGCAAACCGUAGUCUGGCUUUUUUAUGGCAGUUUUGGAGCAGUGUCAUCUUCCUUGCUGAGCAGCCUUUCAGGUUAUGUCGAUAUAGGAUGCAUUUUACUGUGGCUAUAGAUACUUGUCUAACUGUUUCCUCCAGUAUCUUGACAAGGUCCUUUGCUGUUGUUCUGGGAUUGAUUUGCACUUUUUGCACCAAACUACGUUCAUCUCUAGGAGACAGAAUGCAUCUCCUUCCUGAGUGGUAUGAUGGCUGCAUGUUCUCAUGGUGUUUAUACUUGUGUACUAUUGUUUUACAUAUGAAUGUCGUACCUUCAGGCAUUUGGAAAUUGCUCCCAAGGAUGAACCAGACUUGUGGAGGUCCACAAUUGUUUUUCUGAGGUUGAUUUGGCUGAUUUCUUUUAAAUUUCCCAUGAUGUCAAGCAAAGAGGCACUGAGUUUGAAGGUAGGCCUUAAAAUUCAUUCACAGGUACAUCUCCAAUUCAGUACACCUCCUAUCAGGAGCUAAUUGCCUGAUGGAUUUACAUAAUUUUCUGGAAAUUUCCAAGCUGUUUAAAGGCACAGUUAACUUAGUGUAUGUAAACUUCUGAACCACUGGAAUUGUGAUAUAGUCAGUUUAAAGUGAAACAAUCUGUCUGUAAACAAUUGUUGGAAAAAUUACCUGUGUCAUGCACUAAGUAGAUGUCCUAAACGACUUGCCAAAACUAUAGUUUGCUAAUAUUAAAUCUGUGGAGUGGUUAAAAAAUUAGUUUUAAUGACUUCAACCUAAGUGUAUGUAAACUUCUGACUUCAACUGUAUGUAUAUGUGUGUGUGUGUGUGUAAAUAUAUACAUACAUACAUAUACAUUUGUUUUUGAUCUAUACACUCAGACACAUUCCAUGAUAUCACAAGUAGGCAGGCCGUAUUGUUGGGAAGCUUAUUCCCAACUUACAAAAAAAAAAUUAUGAUAGGCAGCUGAAGAUUUUUUUUCUAUAGAGAAAUACCAACAUUACGGCACAUUUGUAUGAAAAUUAAUCUCAAUAAUCUUAAUAAUUCAAAUUUUACUUUUGUGAUUUUUAAAACAUGUUUGUCCCAGUUAUAUCACACAUGCAUGAAGCACAAGUGAGUGGGGGAUAUUUACACUUUACAGCAAUCAUACCCAUUAAAACAGUCUGUAAGCAGUUUAUAAAUGGCUCUGUUCCCUUCGAUUAUUCCCUGAACUCUGGUUUUGACACAGGUAUGACAGCUGGUUUAGCAGAGAUGCUUGGCAUUUGGUGAGCACACCUGUUUAGAAAAUGCCUGCAGAUAUAAAGGUUUUUUUUGGGGGGGGGGGUUGCAGGAAUUAAAUUGACUUUCAUAGAAUCCAGAUUUCUUGAUAUAAAAAGAAAGACUUUUGUUCUCAAGGGAUCAAAGGAAGUACUGUACUCCUGUAUGCGUCAUCACCGUCCCAUUCCAGAUCCUCAGGAGUAAUAAACUCGACUGCAGGUUGGCCUGUUCCCUCCAGUUUAACCCAAUGCAGAGAAGGGCAACCACAGACAUAGUGCUUACAAAAUAGUUAAAAUAAAAUAAAAAGUAGCAAAUAUUUAGAAUACACAAGUAUAAUAUAUCAGCAUGUCUGGGUACUCUGGGUUUGGGGCAGAGGAAUCACCCCUUUGAGUUCAUAUUGAUAUGAGUUGCUCUAUAUUACAAUAUGAUUGCUGGCCUUCUGUCACACAAAAAAAAAAAAAUCCAUCAGAUCCCUGAGCUUGCCAAGCUCAUCCCGGCACAAGGCUCAACACAGUGGAGUAAACAUCAGCCCGGAAAUAAAGAGAAAAACAAAAAUAGUUUAAAAGCUGUCAUUACAAAGAACAGAUUUAAUCAAACCAUCUUUGAGUUCUGGGGAAAACUGGCAAUUUCAGGCUCCACUAACUCUUUAAUAUCAAGAAGGUCAUCCAGUACAAUUAUUGUCUUGAUUCUACCCGUUUUAAGGCUGCGCUUCAAGGCAGCUAACAGGACAGUACCUUGUUACCACUCAGUCUGAAGAGAAUAUAGUUGUGGAAGGCAGAGGAAGUGCAAGUGGGCUGUCUGCUUUUCAACAACUCCAAUGAGGGGCUCGGCUGCCAUAAUUGGAUUUUAAAAAAUCAGUCACUUAAUACAGAAAAUUUUGCAAAAAAGGAUUUCUCAGAGGUAAGACACGUGAGUCUAUUGCACUCACAAGUUGGGCCUCAAAUAGGAUGGGGAAACUCACAAAUGGCACUAAAAUAGUUUGGAGUCUCCCACUAAGCACUGAUAGGUUGAAUAUUGUAUCAUAUACCUAACAAUUGACAGUAAAUUUACACAAGUAUUUAUUAAUUUUAAGGCAGUUUGGUGUUCUGCAGAGAGCCCAGUUACACCUCUCUACCCCCAUCUUCAAUACAGAGCAGCUAAAACCACAAGAAAGAAAUAACUCAAAAACCCAAAGACAAAUAAAUGAAAUCUAACAGCCCUCCAAGUAGACAACUCUAGUGAAGUGUAAAAUGUGUACCGUAUCAUUUCUUAUGUAGUUAAAUCUCUCUGUAGGAUUUUUAUUUUCCAUGUGAUUUCAGUAAUAUAAAUGUAUAGACUCAACCCCCAUUUUCCAUGUUAUUCGACCUCCAAAGGUGUCACUGUUGACUGCACCAUAUAAACAAAUGGGCACCCAAUCAAAUGUAGCACGCUGGUUUGUGAUUACUGAAGAUCACCAGUUUUUAAGUUUCUCCACUUAUAAACAAGAGCAGUGACUCCAACGGUACCAUCAGCAGGCUUCAUAUGUAUCUAGUCCUUGUAGAAAACCUUGUAGGUCUUUGCUCCGCAUCCUUGAAUGUAUUUUACAAUGAAACUGAAUGAACAUAUACAAGGUUCUCACUUCUACAAUGUGGCACCAUUUCCGAAUGUCUAUCUUGAACUCCCCACUCCUCAAUGUUGCUUCAUUAAGACAUUCUCAUCUUCACAAGUCCAUCCGAAACUCACAAAGAAUGUUCCCUUUUUUUUUUUCUUUUUUUUUUUUACACAUGACAAAAAAAAAAUUUCUUUAGGAAUGGCAUUUCCAAUCUUGAAUGGAAUUGCUGAAACUCAUGCAGGGUUGUGCACAGUCACAGUAAUGAUGGUAAGACAUUUUCCAUUUGAGGGUAACAUAAUGACACUAAAACUGGAUAUGAAACAUCAGUGAAAGGGAGGGAAAGGUGUCAGGUGGGUGUGGGGUCAGGCGGGGCUGUGUGGAGGUGGCGAGCUCAGAGCUUCUCUGCUGACGGGAUCCAGAUAUAAGGGCCUGACUGCUCCUCUAUUAUCAGCUUGAUUUUAUUAUAGAUCUCCUCUAGUGAGUCACCCUGGACUAUGGCUGUA